AUCUGGCUACAGGAACGGAUACACAUAUUCCUCCACCGUCGUAGACCCCUCACUAGAUUCAGAUAAGGGAGGACUUCAUUUCCAGCUGAGGUCGGAGGUCAGAAGGCUGAGAAGAGUGGGAGAAGGAGCGAAGAAUUCCGAUAAUGGGGAGCAUUUCUUGCCCCGUUUCUCUAUGUUCUCAGCCCAAGUCUCUCAAAGCGAGGUAUCGCUCCCGUUCUUCAUCGAGGAUGCUCGAUGUGCGUUGCACCGUCGGAGAGGUUGUGGCAGAAUCAAGAGUUUCUAGUGCUACUGAGCCACUUUUGAUAAAUGCUGUUCGAGGGGAAAAAGUUGAUCGACCUCCUGUCUGGCUAAUGAGGCAAGCAGGGAGGUACAUGAAGAGCUACCAAAUGAUAUGUGAAAGGUACCCUUCAUUUCGUGAAAGAUCAGAAAAUGUAGAUCUUGUUGUUGAAAUUUCUCUACAGCCAUGGAAAGUUUUCAAGCCCGAUGGGGUCAUAUUGUUCUCAGACAUAUUAACCCCCUUGCCAGGUAUGAACAUUCCAUUUGACAUUCUUAAAGGAAAAGGUCCAGUUAUACAUGAUCCACUAAGAACAGCUAAUGAUGUUGCUGGAGUAACGGAGUUUGUUCCAGAAGAAUCAGUUCCCUAUGUAGGCGAGGCAUUGUCAAUAUUAAGGGAGGAGGUAAAAGGAGAAGCUGCUGUAUUAGGCUUUGUUGGGGCUCCUUUCACUUUGGCUUCUUAUGUUGUAGAAGGCGGUUCAUCUAAGCAUUUCUCAAAAAUAAAGAACUUGGCUUUCUCUCAACCCAAGGUAACUUUCUGCUUAUCUUUAUCAGCAAUUUGUUAG